AUGGAGACUGCUACAAACAUGUUCUCCUUAUUAAAGGGUGAUGGCGAGGGAGAGGUUGAGGGUUCGACAAUCAUCAAUACACCAAAGUUGAUGCAAAAACAAAAGAAGUCGAUGGAAAAAGAGGAGAGGGAGCAAAAGAUUUUCAUGGAGAAGCAAAAGAAGUUGAAGGAACAAGAGGAGAGGGAGAGAAAACAAUCUGAACUGACUAACAUGUUCAUGCAAGUCUUGCCUUUCAAGUUUCCUCAUCAUCAAUCGAGGAGCUCGGCGAAUCGUAGACAACAAGAUCAGAACCGCUACAAUGGUGCAGCAUCUAAGAAGGAAGCAAAGGACCAUGGUACCGAAGGGUCUAAUAUCUCGGAGAAGGACCACGGUGAAGGGUCUAAUGUCUCGGAGAAGGACCAUGGCAGGGAAGCAAAGCAACCAGCUAGCAGUGAUGAUAAGAAGAGUAAUCUCUCCCGAAAGGACCUUGGUGGUGAUGGGGCAGAGAAGGUUGAUGGUGAUAACAAGGACAAUGGAGCUGAAGGAGAUAAUGUCGUUGAUUCCAAGAAUUCGAAGAAAUCCAAAAAGAAGAAGGACAACAAGACGAAACGAGGAGCUGAUGAUAAAUCUGUAAAGAGUGACAAGAACGAAGAGGAUUAUAGAAACGUGAUGACUCUGGCAGAGUAUGAGAAGGAGCUUGAGAAGAGGAAGGCUUUGAAAUCUGACGAAAAGACUGAUGAAGAGAGAAAAGAAGAAACUCUUGACAACGCUUUGGAACCUGACCAAAAGACCGAAGAGAGAAAGGUAACUCCUGACGAGGAUUUUGAGUCGAUGCAACUUUUGCAGAAAGAGAGUGACGAUGAUGGCCUAUUCAUCAAGGUGGUAAGUAAACAUGUCAAGAGCGCCCAUCUUGCAUCACAACAAGAGAGCCAAAGGCAUAACGGUGGCUUUCAGCGAGGUGGCCAAAGACCUAAUGGUCAUCCUCGACAUGAGAGUAAGCGACCCAGUAACGGGUAUAGGCAUGAGAAUCGGAGGCCUAAUGGUGGCCGACAGUUCAUUAAUGGAGAGAGCCCUGUUGAUGCCCCUCAAUAUUAUGGAGAAAGACCGAAUGCUGGCCAGAAGUUUAAUGGAGAAAGACCCGAUAGUGGCAAUGGUGGCCGCAGAUGCAACGGGGAGAGGCCUAACAGCAGCCAAGGUAAUGGCGGUGAUGGAGAAAAGCCCUACGGUAGAGGGGAAAGCAAGGGGCCUAAUAGAGAUCAAGGCAAAAGGCCUCCUUCAUUCAGUUACAAACGCAAUGGACCAGUUCCUGCCCUAACCCUUAAGGAUACAACGAAAUUUCCUGACGUUGAAGAUACCAAUCAAUUUCCUGCCCUUGGAACAGCCAGAAAAGCAUGA